CCCUGCAGCCAGAUCCUCCGCGGCACCGGCGCCUCGUGAUGUCACGGCAGCUUUGAUACAAAGAGCCCCUUCGGCCCACGCGGGUCUCCCGGCAACGGGUGCAGGCGGGGGCGGGACCGGCGGCUUCAACUGGUGCAGAGCAGCGCGCCGCCUGGAUUGUUUUCGGAGGACUGUGCUGGUUUGGUCCCUGCGCGCCCCACCCGACCCGACUCGACCAUCGCCUGGCUUCUAUUCCAUCUGCAGCAGCUCGACCCGCGGUCGGUCGGGGGAUGCGCACCCCACUGGCUUCCGGAUGCCAGGCCAGCGACAUCUCUAGCUCUACGUUUGCUGAUGGCGAGCUCCUCCCCAGGGAACCCGGCUUCUUCCAGGAAGACGAGGAGGAAGCAAUGACACUGGCCCUGCCUGAGGGACCCCAGGAGUUAGAAAUGGACACCCCCAUGGAGAGCAGCCAGGGCCUGGAGGGUUCUGGCAGGAGCCCUGGCGAUGAGAAGGAGCCUGAGCUGGGAGGUCUGUUCCUGCCAGAGGACAAGUCCCUGGUCCUCACUCCAUCCAUGACCACAUCAGACCUUUCCACUCACUCCACCGCCUCUCUCAUCAGCAACGAGGAGCAAUUUGAAGACUACGGAGAGGGGGAUGAUGUGGACUGUGCUCCCAGCAGCCCCUGCCCCGAUGACGAGACCAGAACCAACGUCUACUCAGAUCUAGGAUCAUCAGUGUCUUCCAGUGCGGGACAGACCCCGAGGAAGAUGCGCCAUACCUACAACAGUGAACUGCUGGAUGUGUACUGCUCUCAGUGCUGCAAGAAGAUCAACCUGCUGAAUGACCUGGAGGCCCGGCUGAAAAACCUAAAGGCCAACAGCCCCAACCGGAAGAUCUCAAGUACAGCUUUCGGACGGCAGCUCAUGCACAACAGUAACUUCAGCAGCAGUAAUGGCAGCACCGAGGACCUGUUUCGGGACAGCAUCGACUCCUGUGACAAUGACAUCACGGAGAAGGUGAGCUUCCUAGAAAAGAAAGUGACAGAGCUGGAGAAUGACAGCCUGACCAGUGGGGACCUGAAGAGCAAGCUGAAACAGGAGAAUAUGCAGCUGGUGCACAGGGUGCAUGAGCUGGAGGAGAUGGUGAAGGAUCAGGAGACCACAGCAGAGCAGGCACUGGAGGAGGAGGCGCGACGACAUCGUGAGGUCUACUGCAAGCUGGAGCGGGAGAAGAGCACGGAGCUGGAGCUGCUCAACACCAGGGUGCAGCAGUUAGAAGAAGAAAAUACUGACCUGAGAACAACGGUGGCUCGGCUGAAGUCACAGACAGAGAAACUGGAUGAGGAACGGCAGCGCAUGUCUGACCGUCUGGAGGACACCAGCCUACGCCUCAAGGACGAGAUGGACCUUUACAAGCGCAUGAUGGACAAGCUGCGGCAGAACCGCCUGGAGUUCCAGAAGGAGCGGGAAGCGACGCAGGAGCUCAUUGAGGACUUGCGGAGGGAGCUGGAACACCUGCAGAUGUACAAGCUGGACUGUGAGCGGCCGGGUAGGGGCCGCAGCUCAUCCGGCCUUGGCGAGUUCAACGCCAGAGCGCGAGAGGUGGAACUUGAGCAUGAGGUCAAGCGUCUGAAGCAGGAGAAUCACAAACUGCGGGACCAGAACGAUGACUUGAAUGGGCAGAUCCUGAGCCUCAGCCUGUAUGAAGCCAAGAACCUCUUUGCCACCCAGACCAAAGCCCAGUCUCUGGCUGCAGAGAUCGACACAGCAUCUCGCGAUGAGCUAAUGGAGGCCCUAAAGGAGCAGGAGGAGAUCAACUUCCGACUGAGACAGUACAUGGACAAGAUUAUCCUGGCUAUACUGGACCAUAACCCCUCCAUCCUGGAGAUCAAACACUGAGCCAGGGCUGGCUGCAGAGCGGCCAUUGGACCUGGGACCUAGGGGUAGGCCUGCCUGAAGAUGAAGAUGCAGGCAGGACCCCACACUCACUCUGUAAAUGUACCUCUGACCACCCUGUAUGUGUGUGCUGGUGUGUGUGUGGAAGACCGCACACACAGGCAGAGGAGUGAGCUUGGGACCGAGGCUGUGGGUGACGACCCAUGGUGAGCUGUGUGUGCACUUUGCAGCCCCUUUGCGAGGCGCUGAGGGGGCUGGCUAUGGGAGGGACACUCUCAGGAGUUACAGCAAGGACUGGAAGCUCGCGUUUAGCAUACUGAUGAAAUGAUUCUACCUCUGUGGAUAAGGGUUAGAAGGCGCUCUCAGGAGAUGUGUCGUCUGUCCCGUACCCCGUACCCCCCAGAGUGGGGACAAAAUUGUUACAUUCUCCAGAAUUUGGUGUCCUUGCCAGCCUUUCUGGCUACCUUUCAAACCCAGGUUUUUUAAGCUCAGAGGAGGAAGGGGUGUUUGUGGGUAGCCCUCUGGGGUGCAGGUAAAUGGGGUCCAAUGGACUCAGGUCUACAGCUGGUGUGCACUGUCCAUGCCUUUGGGUUGAAUCCUUCGUAGUUUUCCGUGUCCUUCCCAGCCUUGCUUUCCUACCUCCCCUUUCUGGUUUGGCUUCGGUUUGUUUUGAAGACAGGAAAUAUACACAGCAUUCACUUAGGGGUGGAAGGAAGGCCAAGAAGAAGGGUGGAGUGCCCAAGGCAGGUGUUAACACUGGGGCCAAAGGGAGUGAUUGCCUGGGAGACACGUGUUCCCAUGGCUGCGUCUUAACAUGUGUACAGAUGCACCUUGGGGAGGGCAGGCCGGGGAGGUAGCCACACCCCUUUUUGCAGCUCUCAGGCACACCUGAACCUGGUCCCCCACUAGAGAGCAGGCUCUGCUGCUAGGAGGUCCCAUGGAGAACACUGGGGGAAGCUUAGUCUUCCUUGUUGUGAAUACGUGGUGGGCAUUCCCUCCCGCCCAGAUUUUUUUUAUGAAUGUGAUCAUAAAAAAUCCUGGCAGAUGUUGAGGCAUCUGGGCGUAGACCUGGACUGUUGCAGUUCAUCUCAGUUUAUAUGGUUUGUGAUCGGCUCCCUCUUCCCCAGUGCAGAUAAACAUGGAAGGUCUUAAGUCUUUCCCCUGUCGCUUGUUUUCUUGAGCACAUCUUGUGUAAUAGAAAGGAAGGUCUGGAGAUGUUGGGGAGGCUAGUGAGCAGCAGGGGGUCAGUGGAGGGUAAAGAGGGGACAGAGGCAGGGCUGUGGCUGUUGCUUUUCAGCCCUCUUGCUGUGCUGCCCUUGGCUCUGCAGAGUGUUUUAAUUGUGUGCACAGAGUCGUCUUGUGCUGUGUAGAUGGCAGGUGAGUUGCCUUGCCCUGGGCUGCCUGGGUGAGCCACACCAGGAAGACAGGAAGGCUUGAUCUUAAGGUGCAGGUCUCCGUGAGCAUUCCCUGGGUCUGAGAAGACAGAGAAGGGCUGGGUAGGGAGACUUGAGGAUGUGUCAGUAGGAAGGUUGAUCCAGGUGUCAUGCUGGCAGGAGCGGGGCAGAGACCAACUGAGUGUCAGUCCUGGUCUGUGGGGGCUGCCUCAGGGAUGGGUGCUUUGUACUUGAAAUUGUAUGGGGCCUCCAGUUUCACUGGUGUGUAGUUUCCAGAGAGGCCACAGAGGCCAGUGUCACAGCGGAACAGAGAAAGAAGAAACUUCCGUCAAGGCAACACACAGGCAGGGCUUUUGGCCCACAUUGUUGGGCUGCAAGAAUGGGCUCCCUGAGGAAAUGCCAAGUUUGGAGGCCCCCAUGGACGUGGACCCUUACUGUAGGCCUCUGGAAGAUGACUUCUGAGGGCAGGACUGGCUUCCAGGCCUCACACACCUCAACCAGAAUACACUUGAGAAAACUUGUUAACUUGGCCUAAGAUCAUAUGUGUUGUUUCUUGUAGUGGUAGCAGUAGGUUUUUGUUUUAUUUUUUUGAGACAGGGUCUUACACUGUAGCUCUGACUGCCCUGGAAUCAAGGUAGGCCUCUUGUCUUAGCCUCCAGAGCGCUGAACUUACAGGCCUGAGUCACCACUCCCAGUUCAUUUUUAAAAUGUUUUUCUGGCCUUGAAAGCCCAGGGUUCCUAGCGCGAUGCUCUUGAGAGGUCGCAGAACUUUCCUUGGUUGGGAGAGUCUGACUUCUUUCUCUGCUGCCUCCCUGGCUCACUUUCCGUUUGGUUAGAUUUGAAUUUCAGAUAAGCAAGUGGUUUGUAACGUUUAGAAUCACGAUGUUCCAAGCCAUGCUUGAUACUUUGGGAGCUUUUUACUAUUCUGAUCCUCACGUGUUCUAACAGUUGGUAUAGGUGUGGCCCGGGCCUUGGAAUGCUUUAAGAAUGCCCCAGGUGAAGCUAAUUUAGCUAAGUGUCCUGUGAAGGGGUAUUGCUUUUCCUAGAUCAGACGACUCCCUCCGGGAAGGGUCAGCAGUAACCUUCCAGGAUCCGAGGAGGCUGGGGCAGUGCAGCAGACGCGCUUUUUAUGUGAUGCUAAGAGGUCCUUGUGUUCCAUCAGAAGCCAAACAGAAUGAACUAAUGUGUUCCUGUGUCUGUUUCCUUUUAGCUUAGAAUUAGCUGGGUUUUAAUUUGAACUGGUAGCUUUCCUUGAGAUUCUACAGAGGGAAUUCCUUUUUAAAUUUUUAUUUUUGACACGCUGAAAACACAAAGCUCAAGGACCACGCAGAACUCCAGGACUCGAGACUGGGUUCGCCAGUUUGGCUGUGUGCUGGUGUCACCCGAGGAAGUUCUGAAAAGACUUCUGAUGCUGGAGGGCUUGGGAGUGUGGCACGGGGGCAGAGUGCCUGGCGUGGGGCUUAGUCUCUGGCUGCAUGAAAGUCCCUCUGUGCCUGGCGGCGUGGGUAGCAUGGGCGGCCCCGCACCUGUGUGUGCUUUGCUCUUCCCACGCUGUUCACGUGCAGCUCAAGGCCAAGGAGAUCGUUGGCUCAAGUAGGGAAACCACGUGAAAGUCCCCAAGCUCGAGCAGGGCUGUUUGAGAAGCUUGUCUUAGACUGAGGUGAUAGAAGACAGAUGACUUUUGGUAAUUAUGCCCCAGGAGAGAGUCCAGCUGCUCUCACUCGCCUGGACGUCUGUCUCCCCUAGUGGCUUCCUGCCUGGGAUACCUAGAGUCGCAGGAAACAGGUGCCAGCUGUUGAGCCCAUUGCAAAGUGGGGGCAGAUAAUGAGGUGAGAGCUGGGCCUGGACAGCAGCAUCAGGUGCAGUGGUCACUUGCCUUGGUGGCUUUGUCCAUGUUCUGACUGCAGUGAGGAUGUCCCAGUUGCUUCUGUCGGUGUCAAAUCACCCAGUUCACACGGUGGAGGCUCUGGGUGAUACUCCUAUGGCUAGUCUGAGCUGUGAUCGUGCUGGUUCCAGUGGUCCAAGGGAUGUUGUUACACACUGGGCUCUGUAGGGGAUCUGGAGGCUCUUCAUCAAGGCCCUCGGAAGCAGGGGGAAUUACUCCAUGAGGCAUUGGCAAAUUUCCACCUAUGUAGACAUGGCUGAUGGGACCUGGGAAAGGUUUAAGGUGGUCACCAGGCCAGCCCGACAGAUACCCAGUGACUCUGUAGACGUUAGGUGAAGCUCCUUAGGACUUCAGUGCUGCCCCUUCUCCCCAAUCUUUCCUUCUACCCUCACUGGGGUCCAAGGACUUGCCUCUGGCGGCUCCUCAGGUUGGUACCACUAACUUGUUCACCAAGGGGCCUCAAGUUAGAGUGGCCAAAUCUUGACAGCACCUCCCUGUCCUGCCUCCUAUCUUGACUGUGCACGCGAUGGAUAUGUUGGGGAAGGUGGAGCUAGCCUGCCCUACCUUCUGCCAUCUCAGCUGCCCAGCUAAGAAAACAGCCACUUCUAGAAGGCUUAGUUUCUGAAAGCAUAGCAAGGUGACAGCCCUUGUCACCCUAUUCACCAGGAGCUGGGUAUCUUUGAUGUACUACUGUCCUUGUGGGCUCCUCUUCCCAUUGUGACUGUAAUGUAGGGAUGUCUACCCCAGAGGUACCAGCUUGGGUGGGUAGGGGGACAACAUCCCAUGCCACCUCUCUGAUGACCCUACCUCUUGCUGGGGCCAUCUGCUUUCUUGUUCUACACAGGCUGGGUUUUGUCUGCAUGGUUUGGGGUCCUUGUGCCUUUUUUCCUUUGUGGACCACACAGGAUUCUCUGUUAUCCACUGCCCCCUUUUGUACACCCCCUUACCCAUCUCCCCAGUCCUGUGUGUACUCAUGUGUGCAGCCAUGUGGCAGACCCUGCUUCCCCAUAGGUCUCCCAGCCUCUGUUGACUUGGUAACUUUUGUACAGGAUCUUUUGUUACAGUCUUAAGCACAGGGAACACUUAGUCCCUGUGUACCUGCAGCUAGUUUAGAAGCUCUGUGUCCCAGACAAGGGUAGCUUUGUGUAGACCAGCUUCUUCCACAAGCCUCAUCUGUGUGAGUGUGGAUAUUUAUAGAAGACGGAUCACCUUUAACCCGGCACUGGCCCCAGCAGGGGGAUUACAAGUCUGCCAGACUCCAUGCAUGGCUCUUGUGGAGGAAGCCCCAGCCAUGUGGUUUCCAGUGCUUUGCAAUACAUUUGGGUUUAGGGCCACUGUGUCUGGUGUCUCUCCUCCCCACCCCCCGUGUGUGCUGAAGGAAGUCAUUUGCUACUGUCCCUGCCUACUAGCCCUUCCUUGUCUGCUGGUGCUCAGACCAGAGUGCCAUUACUCACCAGACUGAUGUCAGGACCUGGACAGGACAGACAGUGUGUGUUGAAGACACACAGCCUGCUGGCUCCCAACUUCAGCACUUCGUGCUCUGGGGCUGGGCCUGCUGGGGCGCAGGUGGAAAAAGCUACCAGCGAUAGGUUCUGAUUUUCCAGGAAUUCCAUCUGGGGUUUUGCCCCAGAAGCCAGUAAUUGCAAAUGGCCUUAGCUUUGGGGUUGGAAAGGAACUUCCACUGUAGACCCCAGGGAGAGGAGAGGGGUGAAUCCCAGGCCCUGAACUGUUUGCUUCCAGCCUGUUCUGUCCUGAAACAGGCUUUCAGCGCGGGCACCUUCCAAGGAACUGUAAUGUACAGACCACAGUGUAAAUAAAUAGUUGGCUUUUUUGUUCCUGA